AUCACUGAUACAUCUGUGGUUUCCCCACCUUGACAAGUCAGAAUAUUUUCUGUGAACAAGACAAAAAAAAAAUAAUAAUAAAUCAACAUUUGCAGACUGGUUUACAGUCAGGGCCUAUUGGGACAUCUAAUGGAACUGAAGCAUCUUUUAUUCAAUGUGUACUUCCCUUAUUGUAAGCGAUUAUUUUAGCUUGGCUUAUAUUAUGUGUCAUCGUUUAGUCAAGCUUAAUUUUGCAUGCUAAGUACUUUGCUAAAAUAUGUUAUUACUGCCUUAAAGAGCACCUUUUAAUGGCAAACUCUCCUUUUAAAAUUAAAAAUAGGGACCUUUUUCUUUUUGCAGUGUCAUCUCUGCUGUUCAACAAUGAUUGAUUAAGCCCUCAACAUUCUUUUCAAAACUUCAUAACGCAAUAACUAUAUAACCAUUCUUGUUAGCUGAUUGGUUACCUUCCACUUUUAUGUCAAUAGAAGUCAACGCCCCCUUUUCAGAUGUUGUUAAAAGUCUUUGCGGAAACACAGGAAGGCAGCAGAAGUCGCAGUAGACAACACAAACUUUACCACAAACAUCGAUCAACUCAUCUGAUCACUAAAAUAUUACUGGAAUACACUGAGCACCAAACAUGAUGAUAGCAAAAGUUCCCUCCAAGCUGCAGUCGCAGCCGUCGUCUCCGCAGCCUCGAUGCUCGUCACCUUCUGUCCCCACCAGUAAGCUCAUCUCUCCCUCGCAGAAACACAGCAAGAAAGCUUUGAAACAGGCCUUGAAGCAGCAGCAGCAGAGAAACCAGCGCAGACAGGGGGGAAUGCCAACCGCCUCCAGCCCAAGACUGCUUCUGAAGACCAUCAAAGAUAUGGCUGAUAACAUUACAACAACGACUGCUCCUCUCCCUCUGUCCAAAACAGACUUAUGCCAUCAAAUUGUACCCAGGAAGGUUUCCCAGAGGUCUGGUCGUCUCAGUGCAGGGCAGAUAAAACGUACCAAGUGUAAAAUAGAUGUGGAGACUCCGGACUCUAUUUUGGUCAACACCAACCUGCGAGCAAUCAUCAAUAAGCACACCUUCUCCGUCUUGCCUCCAGACUGUCAACAGAGGCUGCUCAAACUUCUUCCUGAAGUUGACCGCCAGGCUUGCUUGGACGGCCUUCUGAAGGUCACUAGCUCUGCCUUAAACAAUGAGUUCUUCACAUCAGCAGCACAGUCCUGGAAAGAGAGACUAGCUGAAGGGGAAUUCACACCCGAGUUGCAGCUCAGAAUGCGGCAGGAAAUUGAGAAGGAAAAGAAAGUUGAGCACUGGAAGGAGGCCUUCUUCGAAAGCUAUUAUGGGGAAAAUUCGGGGCUCAGCUAUGAGGAAUCCAAAGAGCUGACAAAGGCUGAUCUGAAUCAGGAGUCUGCCAGGCCUCAUUCCCUCCCUCAUCAAACAGGGCCUGUCGCUCAAGCGCUGGAGGAAACCAAGUGCACCAAGGACAGCAGUCAGACUAAUGCUGCUGCUAAAGACAUGAAGCCAAGUCAGGCAUCAUCACAGGAGCCUCGGAAGCCACUGCAUGCUCACAAAGAGUCCGUCUCAACCCCAGAGCCCAUGAAGACUCGGCGCUCACAGUAUGCUGAGGAUCGUAGGCUGAACACCGCUGCACAAACACCUGCAGUGAGAGCACCAGAGGUUGGCAGACCGACUGAAUGGGGUGCGGCAUGUCCACUGCCUGAAAAGGAGCGUAAAGAGGACAUGAAAGAGGAGAAAACUGAACUCCCUCAGUCGCCCGUGAAGAAAAGCCCUCCACCAAAGGCUGGUCCAGAGUCAAAGGAGGAUCAGCCCCUGAGUGCAGUUAAACCUGCAGUGGAGAGCGAAGAGGUCAACGCUGAGCCCAGUGGCCCCUCAGAACCACUGAAGAGGAAAUCUCUCAGUGAGACAGAGGGUGAACUGACACCAGAGAAAAGACCCCGAAUGUCCUCAGUGUCGUCAGUGUCUUCAGUCUCCUCUGUAUCUCCGUCUCCAUCAUCCAUAUCCAGCCCUGCUACACCAAGUCCAUCAACAAAUCAGAGGGUUCCACCGCUAAAGAUCCCAGUGUCACGAAUUCUUCCCGUUCCCGUGUCACCAAGCCAGAGCUCACCAAGGACUCCCCUUCCUGCCCCACUCAGCAGCCCGGGCCGAACCGGUGCUCGCACUUUGGCUGACAUCAAAGCCAAAGCUCAGCUUGCCCGAGCACAGAGAGCAGCAGCAGCUGCAGUAUCAUCUGCAUCCAAGGGAGCGGUGCCAGGACCAGGACCAGGGGGAGGCAGUGGUGAGCAGACACAGCCCUCACCAAGCCCCAGCCCAACAUCCCCUCAGGCGUCAGCCAGAUUUGCAGCCACCAGCAGUAACAGCAGCCACAGCAGUACACCUUCUCCUCGCCCAGUGGACUGUUUUGGUCAGCUUAGCCCAAACCAAUGUCAAACUUCUUAUUUGAGCAAAAGUCAUUCUGCUGGUACAGGAUCCCAUAGUAUCCAAAAGAGCUCAAAUGCAGCACAGCCGUUAUCUGUGCAUGCUAUGAAGGAGCAGGAAAUCCCAUCAGCUGCUGGAUCAUCAGUCAGAACCAGCUCCUGCAUCCCUGCAAACAACCCGCUGGUCACUCAGCUUCUGCAGGGCAAAGAGGUUCCACUGGAGCAGAUCCUUCCAAAACCGCUGUCUAAGGUGGAGGUGAAGAUGUCAAACUUGCCCUCUGGUAGUAAAAGUAAGACACCACAUUCUGCCGAGCACAGGGCUGAUAAGCAGAUGUCCCAGCAGUUCAGUGCAGCGGGACGAGUUUUCUCAGAAUACACGAAACAUCACAGGGAACUUCCUGAUAAAGAAACACAGGAGCAGAUCCUACAGGCUCUCAUGCAGAGGAAAGUCCAACAGGGCCAGCCUUACCGAGGUCUGGGGCCUCAGCCCCCUCAGUACAAAAUGCAUCCACUGAUGCACACAGAAGAGCGUCUGGACCAGUCCAGGAUCUCUGUAGGCUUUUUGGGUAGAAAGAGGAUGCCUAGGCCGGCCAUGACGGGACAUUACCUGCUCAAUGUGUCCACGUAUGGAAGAGGACCAGAGAGCAAAAGACUGCACCUGUCCGUCAUCCCCAACACGUCUGUAUCCGGUUUAAAAAGGGAAAGCACAGAUGGAGACGAGGUGGCUAAGGAGGAAGAACCAGCCAGGAAAGUUUUCUCAUCUGUUUCUGGGGUGAAAAUGGAGCAGCAUGGAUGUUCGGUAACCAAGUCUGACGACGUAGCGAGCUUUCAGCGUUGCUCCAGCGUAAAGACUGAGCCUGGAUCAGAGGACAAUGCAGGUGGUAGUGAAAACAGCAGCAGCAUCAGUGCGACAGCCAAAGACACCAGCCCUUUCUCUCAGUCACACCGAAGGCACCUCGAACUCUGCAAUAGUAAUCAAGGAAACUCUGAGCCAUAUCUUACCCACGUGGACCCCAGUCACCAGCGGCCGACUGCCUUUCAAACCCAGAGAACACUCGAUAAUCAGGAACCUGUGGUAGCUUCAUGCUACGGCGGCACCAUCAGCAUGUCUGUACCUCACACUUUGAACCAUGGCACUGCAGGCAGCAGCUCUUCCACGUCCUCGUCAGAGGCCGAUGGCGGCGGCGUCCACGGGAGCGUCAUGUCUUUCUCAGUGACGGUCACCACCAUACCCGCUGGUCAUGCGUUAGACCACGGCAACCAGGGCGAACCUUCACCUGAACAGUCAUUCAUCGAAGGCUCCAAUAUGGAGGACGUCCAAUCUAAAUGCUACUGCCGACUAAAGGCCAUGAUCAUGUGCAAAGGGUGCGGAGCCUUUUGCCACGAUGACUGUAUUGGCCCCUCGAAACUGUGCGUCUCGUGUUUAGUGGUACGGUGAUAUGAAAUUAAUAAUAACUGCGGAAUCUCCUGGUUUGAUUUGCAUUUGAGGCACAAAGCAGCUCAUUUAGAAUCAAUACAGAAAGAGAUGAAGCGUUAGUUGUACUUCAGACAAAACAGCCAGCAUCUGGUCGCUGUUGGAAAGGCAAGGAUUUACACUGGAUGGUCUUGUUUUUCCAUCAACUUCUAAGAAAAGUUGUUUUGUGCAAUUUUGUGUAGUAGAAAAUGCCAAUCCGUUUUCAAUCAGAUCAGUAGUCUGUCAGAUGUGAGAGAAAUCUAAAAUCUGACAGUGUUUGCACUCAGCUAGAUUAGUGUGAUAUAUUUUUUUAAAUAUAUAUGUGCGUGUGUGUGUGUGUGUGUGUAGUUUUUAAAAAAGGAGGGAAAAUGAAUGUUGCUAUUUUUUUAGAACAUAAUGACUGUUGUUGUGCUUUAGACUGACACUUUUUAUUACUGGGCCUAAUCAGUUAUGGUUUAAAGGCAAAAAAAGGAUGCUGAUGAUAAUCAUUGGUUGUAGAGUACCUCCUAUUUGGCAUUUAUGCACACGUGGCAGGGAAGUGCAACUUACAGUAACUAUUUUAUAUAUUAAACUGUACAUUUAUUACUGAACACUCUCAGAUUUAAGAACUAGAAAGAACAUGUAUAGUUUUAGUAAGAAAAUAUAAAAUGAUUUUUGAAUGAUACUUUAUAAAAAUCAACUCAUGAGGAUUGCACAUCACAUCAUUUCUUUUUGACUUACAGUUAAGGGGGCGAAGCACUUGAAAACCACCUGGAUAUAAGGUAGUAACUGUGUACAGCACUUAAAUUCAAACAUAGGGAAAAGAAGAAUCAUUUAUAUAUAAAAUGCUUAUAUAUAAAUAUAAAUAUAUAUAUAUAUAUUCCUUUUGGCAACUGAGAUCUUUUCCAUUUCAUGUAAAGGUCUUACGCCACUUCCUACUGUGUAAACCCACAUUUUCUCCACAAAAAGCUGGUUUGUAGAUAAAGUCUCCCUCGAAGUGGGGUGUCUCAUGCUUGUAUUUCUGUAUAGGUAGAUCAGCAGUGGCAAACUUAAAAAAAAAAACAAACACUCAAGGCAAGGGGAGAAAAUGAAGACUUUUUUUUUGUUUGUUUUUUCACUGUAAAUACUUGCUCAUUCAUGGUAUUCGCCUAGAUGUAGAAAUAAUAUAAUUUUAUUCAUGCAGAACACCUUGCUUGAGCAUAUCCGGCUUUCAUUUGUGACAAAAUAAUUUUUACUGUGGAAAAAAAAUAGAGAAGAACAGUCAAUUAUGCUAGAACGCUAAAUGCCGUAUCGUAGAAUGAUUCAGCAUAGCGUGUGUCGGUUGUGCAAAAUUAUUUGGAGGUACAGUAGGUCACCGAUUAAUGGAUGAGUGCAGCACUUCACAUUAAAAUGGCUUUUUUUUCCUGGUAAUUGAGAGUUUUUCUGCAUAGUAUCAUGGUAUGAAUGAUUGUAAACCCAAAAUAAUAUUGUUGAUAUAAUGCACAAUAGUGUGGAUAUGUGAUACACAGCACACUUGUGGUGUAAAAACUGUUGUUACAACCUUUUGUAAUCACGUUCUGAUGAUGUAAACACAAUAGUAGUGCUUUCUUUACCACAGAUUAAAAUGUAAAAAAGGCCAGUGUGAAGUGUUACCUCAACUGGUUAUUCGAGUGUUUAUGCUGGUUACACAAAAAAAAAAAAAAAAAAAAAAGAUGCAUCAAUUAUAUUUUGGAGUCUCCUGGCAACACAAAAUAGGCCUGUUUUAUAGCAAUUGUUUCCAAGGUAAUAUGCCAAAGUCACCUUAAAGAAAACAAGAAUAAUCAGAAGUUGUUUUUAAUGUCUGACUAGUUAAUCAAAGUAAUAUAUUUUAAUUAAUAUAUUUUAAUAUAAAAGAUCUAUUUGCUAGUUGUUUUUGACAAAUCAACAGGGUAUUUACUAUAAUAAUAUAUUGGCUGUCCGUUUUUUUUUCCUAUAAUUUUGUUUAGACUGGACAGACCACCAUACAGAAUAACUUGACUUUGUAACUCAAAUUGCCCAGGUAUCUGAUAUUCUGUAUGGCCCAGGUUUUACAAUCCAUCCGUUGGUCUAUAUAUUUCCAUGAAAAUGUUGUAAUGUGUGUAUCCUUUUAGUUUGUCUGCAUUUGUGUCAUUACUUUAUAAAAAAAUGAAAAUGUACGUUCUUAAAACACCUUUUUUUUUUUUUUUUUUUUUUUUAAAGUUAGUGGAUUAAUCCGAGUCCAUUCUUAAAUGUGUUUCUUAUUAAAUUGGGUUUUGUGUCUUGUGGAAAUUAGGGUUAGCAUCUGGAAGGGUUCCCACAUAUUUAGCAUUGACACUUCACUAAAACUGGUUUACCAGUAUUUGAUUUUGUUAGCACAGAUUUAAUGUACCCCUCCGUGAAUAUUUAGGUUUUAUUUGGUUGAAUGUGAUGUUAGAAUGCUGUAUUUACUCAUGUAGAGGUGGGGACUGGAUUGCACUGCAAAAAGUAUAGCAAAACCAUUCAAUCACAACCCUAAAGGCAGCUGAAAUCUUUGUUAAUAAGGACUGAAACAUGAAUCGGGCAGCAGUCCCCACUAUUACUAAUGUAACUUGAUGUGCGUUUAGAAGAGCAGUUGGGGGGUGGGGAGGGGAGGGUUUGUGGGCAAUCACCACCGUUUUUAAAAAAUGUCAUGUUUGGCACUAGAUGAAUUUGUUUAUGUCUGUGUCCUUUUGUCUCCAUUUAAACUCUGGGUGAAUGUAAUAUAGUAAUCAGCACUUGUAAACAAAGUGUAUUUUAUCAAAAGUUAUAGACUAUUAUGAAUAAAGAAUGAAAAGGAAAAACUG